AUGUAUACACCUUUCGUUCAAAAGCUUUACCUGCUCCUUCUUUUGGGACUUUUUCUGACGUGGCAGGUUCUGACCCAUCCGGUCCACGGUGAAAGCCAUGCUCGAUCCUUGAUAAGCCCAACCAUCGAGCCGUAUGGACCCGCUGCACUUCAUGUCAGGGGAGGCAAGCUAUGCGGCCUGUCCUGUGGACGAACCAAGGGAGGAGAUGGAGAGAGUGACAGCGGCGGUUCGCCCAGGGGUGGGAACAAUAUGCAGCUUCAACCCCAUAACAACCAAGGAAAUCCGGCCGCCAUCGGUGCAGCUAGCGAAACGGUCCGUCUUUACAACGAAGUAAAAGGUAGACGCGACCUCUUCGUGCAAACAGGCCAUAGCAAAUUCUGGGAGAUCAAUCCAAACAAUCGGAACCAGCGCCAGGUGUACUCGACGGGUGUCUGCUACGGAUGUACCGUGGUGGUCGUCGCGUCUGGAAGAGGCAUUUACUUGCAUCAUUUCCGGCAGAAUGUGGGCACAUUGGAACCCUUUGCAAACCCCGAAUCGCAGGGCUUUGUCUACCACGUUUCAGGUCCAUUUGAUGACGCCAUACACGCAAACGGACGGGCUUUUGAAGGCCAGCGGCCGUACAUGGUGGUUGCGACACCCCCCCAGUACCGAAAUGCAGUGGAUUUCCUGGGACACACCUUUUCACAUAGGUUCACGGACGGCACAGUGAGGAUACAACCAUAUCAGGUAAGAAUGAUUGAUGAGGAUGCAUUGGCAAACAGCGCGGUUGGGAAGGUCGUCGUCCAGUGGUUGCCUCCUUCCAACGGCGCCGAUCAUCGGUUGGUUGUGCGUGUGGAGGACAAUGUGGUUGUCGAUGCGCAUUACAAUGGCGAUGGUCAGUUGCUGUCUUAG